AGGGAUUCAUUAUACUCCUUCUUCUGGUUGUUUCGAUAGACGGAUAUGAACAGAAAAAAUUCAUCCACGACAACUUGUUCUAGGGAGGAGAUAUAGUAGGAAGCGUAGGCCCGUGUGCCUGCGUGGGUUCGUACUGAAGAUGGCUACGGCGAAGAGAAAAUGGCGACCGCGGUUGUCCUUGCCUCUGCUCGCUGCUGCAGGCCGUGCAACGAUGGUCGCCGCCCGCGCCCGAAGCAGAAUGGCGAUGGAGGAAGAGGCGCUCUUGUUCGCCAGAUACAAGAUGGGUAUGGCGACGGUGCACAAAACCGCUUACUGGGGACAGAUCGAGCUUGGCGGAGCCGAAGAAGGGAAAAGCCAAAAAUUCAACGUCAUAUUCGAUACGGGAUCUGGUACUUAAAGUUAGAGGACUCACUGUUCUUCUUGUUUUUCGAAGUAGUUGUACCUUACUUCGUACAUCUGUAUCCCUUUUAACACCAAUCCAGGCAACAUGAUCCUUCCUUCGUCGUUAUGCCAUGGACCUGGCUGUGACCGGCAUCGCAAGUAUGCGUUAGCGGAAAGUGCGAGUGGACGCGCUGUGACCAACGAUGCUGGACAAACAGAAGCCCAAAUAAGCUUCGGAACAGGCGAUAUUCAGGGUCGCUUUGUCCGUGACAAGCUUUGCCUCGGAAAGAUCUGUCAGCCUGUGAAUUUCAUCGCGAGCGUUACGCAGAGUGCAGGUACUGCUCGGACUUGUUACCUGCUUGGACUUCUUGUGUUGCUUGUUAGGCUUCUAGUGAGACUACAAUAAGGCACAUAGUUCCCUCGUAGUUGGCACGUGAUAACAGGCUAUUUCCACGUCAAGUAAUAUUGUUCAAACUUCUCUCUGUUUCUACCUGUGAUUUAUCAAUCUCUUACGCUUCUACUUCCCAAACCCAAACCAGAACCAUUCGAAGCGACCCCCUUCGACGGGAUUUUGGGUCUGGGUUUCCGAGACCUCUCAAUGGGUGGCGGUUUUAAUAUCAUGGAAGAGAUCUCAAAAACGAUACCUAACGGGAUGAUUUCGUUUGCCCUGACCGACGAUGGGCCGAGCUCGUUGACGUUUGGAGGGUAGUUGAUUUGUUUUAGACCUCUGCCGUGAUGACUAAACAUGAUAGAUGGGUCUAGUAUACUUGAAGCUGUUCUUGUUCUUGCAGGUGCGUCCUCACCCUAUAUAAUUUCCCACAACAUAAUUCCUCUCACUUAGAUACCGCAAAGACCUGUGUGCAUCUCCGAUGGUGUGGGCGCCGGUUACCUAUCCAUCCUAUUGGCAGAUUCGGGUUGGCGACAUCACCCUAAACAAUCGCAAGACGAACCUGUGUCCUGCUGAGGGUUGCCAAGUAGCAGUGGAUACUGGCACUUCUAUGCUCGCAGGACCGACGAAUCUAGUUCAGGAGCUGUCUGGACGGGUAUUCCUUAAUGCUUAUGACAAUAAUUUUUUUCCGGACAACUCGGACACCCACUUAAGUACUUUGAUCUGAUUAUAGUUUCGUUACGAAUGACAGGUAUUAGAUGACAGGUAAACGUUGCCCCCGACUGUUCGAAUUACGCGUCUUUGCCGAGCAUCGGAUUCCAAGUGGGAGACCGCGUUCUCAACCUCAGACCAGACGAGUACGUGGACAACGACAAGAACACAUUCUGUUAUGGACGAUCAUGGAUGUGAAUGCAAUGUUAUUGCUCCAUCUUCAGAGAGUCGAUCUUAUUCCUCGAGCUAGUACUUUAAUACAACUUUUAUUUGCCUUAUUAAGAAACAAUCUUUCUUCCUCUAACUCCCCAGCAUGUCUAUCAUGGCCUUGGACGUGCCGCCGCCUAAGGGCCCACUGUUUAUCUUCGGUGAUCCGUUUCUGCGACGUUUCGUGACCGCUUUUGACAAGAAGAAGAUGCGAGUAGGGUUCGCCGUAGCCAAGGGUCUAGGCGGAAACGAUGCUAUUUUAAGGCGACAAAAACACGGCGGCAGAGCUCACACUUGAUAGAGACUCUAACUAAGUACCCUGGAGUUGAUAGAGACUCUAACUAAGUACCCUGGAGAAACGAGUCCCGGCAUUACCUGCUACACAUGGUUCACCGGUAAUAGAUGAAUCUAAAAAUGGUACUAGAGUCCUCUGCUUAUGAGAGCUGAGUGUGAGCGAGUACAGCCUUACCUACGACCUGCACUUUCUCUUUUACCCCGAAGAUCAGGGGCAACGACUGGACAACUCGCUCUCUCUCUAUUCUCCUUUGAUAAUUUCUUCCUUUUGACAUUCAUCUAACUCUCGCUGACUUGGAGAAGGGUGCUGAUGCAAGGACAUCAAGCAAGAGAAACCUGUCGACGAAGCGUGACGCUAACCCAGUACUGACUGAAGAUUUCCGAAAGACACGUGGCACGGACUCAACCAGCAGAAUAUUGACCGACUUAUCUUCUUCUAUCAACAGUGGUGCUUCCCCAGGUAAUGGGUCGUCCAGUGUACCAGUAGAGGUGCUGCCACUCAGUGCAGGAAUGAUGCAUAGCGACUCGCCACCAACGAUGGCGUCCUACGAAGAGGAUACUUUUGAUUAGGACUUCAAGGCUGUGCUCUCUGAAAAAACUUGACCGUUCCUGGCCGUCUAUCGCUUCUGCUCAUUUUCAAAAACGUAUCUUGAUAGACUCUAACUCCCUGACACUGGGCGCGAGGAUUUGGAGUAUGUAGAACCACAGGGAAUGGCCCUAAACCAGCAAAGUUUUCUGGAAGGUGGUAGCUCUCUUGCUGCUGGCAGCUUCCUUAAAACGGGUCACGUUAAGGCGAUAUUGACUCCUACAAAUAUUUUACUCCGUGUUUUUUCCGCUUUUAUUUUCAUCAGGCGAAGAUGUUGAAGCGCAAGAUCUGUUUUUAGUAGCUAGUUCUUAGCAGGAGAGAUUUCGAAAUACGACAAGAGGGUAAGAAGCCCUCCUUUUUGUUUCAAAAAUUUAGUCUCACAUGGAAAAAAGAGACUUAUCCUGAAGGAUGUUUCGCGUUGCAACCUAUAAAAAUCCCAAACCGCCGGCGAUUGAGGAGGAGGAGGAUUUUUCCGACAGUGAUCUAUUUACUAUCGAGUUGCACAAAACGAAUAAGGUGAAGCCACGACCGCUCUUGUCAUUAUGAGAAUGGUCUAUUCUCAACAUUAUUAGAAUCCCGCACACUUCUGGAUUCAUCUUCCUGGCAAUGGUUCUUACUAGAAGAUAACACUAUAAAAUAAGGAGGAGGAGGUGAUCGUAGUACAGAUACAGUCAUUUUGUCAUAGUCGUGAAAAGCCAAUGCAGUGAUGUUUCUUGAUGUUCCCUACUUGAUUUUCUUGCAUAGAUGCACUUGCUACACUAAGGUGCAGUGGGUAGUUUCAAUUCAACUGAAAAGUUUUAGUCUUUUUCGUAGCAGUCGAUUUCGGAACGCAAUACUGGAUUUCAUGAAAAAAGAUUUUGAUUCAAUUUUUGAAAAAAAACGCACUGGAAAAUUCUAUUGGUCGGUUUCAUCAUUAAUGUCACAGAACUGCAGAGAAGAAAGAGGAAGCGCAAUAUCAAAGGCAGUGGAAUACUGUCAUUGUGCUUUCUAGAUGUCAGGACUGUUUGUGUCAAUAUCAGAAAGAGAUAAUUUUGUAUCUGACGAAGAGUAAGCUUGUUGUAUAACGGAAAGAAGAGCUGCAAAGGAAAGAAGAGAAAACUAGAAGGAAGGUAAGAAAAAGGAACGGAUCUCUACUGUAAUAUCUUGCACCAGUUUAAGACUCUAGGGAUAGUCCCUAAUUUGUUAGAGGGUUUCUAAAUCGCAUUCUGUCAAAAUCACGUUCAACUGUG